ACAUGAACUCCACAUGUCUGCACCGUUACACCAGCUGACAACAUGUCUGUACAACCCUGCAGCAGGAGCACAAACCAGUCAAUGAGUCAUUGACCUGCUGUUAGCUUAUCCUGUUUGUCUCACUCUGAUCCAGGAAGUCCCUGAGUUCACGGCUCAGACUGUUUCACUUCAAACAGGUAGAAAACAACAGGAUCAUGGUCAGACCUCAGAGUAUCCUGCUGCUGCUCCACCUCCAGACCUGCUGCCACCUGAUCCAGACUCUGGACCCAGCUGCCCUGCGGUUUGUCGUGCUCGCAGACUGGGGGGGUCUUCCCGUCCCCCCGUACUACACCCCUCAUGAGGAGGCUGUUGCUGCAGAGGUGGACCUGCUGGCCCGGACCGAGGGUCUGGACUUUGUCCUGAGUCUGGGGGAUCACUUCUACUACAAUGGAGUCAAGAAUGUGGAGGACCCCCGCUUUAAGUUCACAUUUGAGCGAGUCUUCUCUCAGCCAUCGCUGCUGCACAUCCCCUGGUACCUGAUUGGAGGAAACCACGACCACAGAGGAAACAUCUCUGCCCAGAUGUUUUACUCCAACACGUCACACCGAUGGAAUUACCCAGGUCUGUACUACGAGCUCAGAUUUGACGUCCCUCUCUCCAAUGUGUCGGUGAGCAUCCUGAUGGUCGACACCGUGGUGUUGUGUGGGAACACCUACGAUCAGACCCCGCCCUCAGGACCAGAGAACCCCAGAGCCGCAGAGCGUCAGUGGGACUGGAUCAGGUCCAGACUGGCCAGCAGCAGGUCAGACUACAUGGUGGUGGGGGGUCACUAUCCUGUGUGGUCCAUUGGCCACCAUGGACCUACUUCCUGUCUGGUCAACAGACUGAGGCCUCUGCUGAAGAAGUACAGAGUCUCUGUUUACCUGAGUGGCCACGACCACAACCUGCAGUUCAUCAGAGAGGAUGAUGGGAGCUCGUAUGUGGUCAGCGGCAGCGGGACAGUCAGCGACCCGGCCUCCACCCACAGGGACCGUGUCCCUCAGUCCUGGCAGCUCUACUCCAGUCCUGUCAAUCACACGGCAGGAGGCGUGGCUUACUUCCAGGUGACUGAGUGUCACAUGACAGUGAGCUUCCUGCAGACUGAUGGGAAAUGUGUUUACCAGGCUGAGCUGCCAAGACGCUCAGUCAGCAGAGACGCUGUGUGACGCUGCAGUCACAGAUAGAACAGGUGGAGAGAGGAGCUCACCUGUGGAGAAUACAACUUGCUACAGGCUGAACAUCACUCAGAUGAUUCUCUGAUCAGCUGAUCGGACUCUUGAGUUCAGAUCACAUCUGAAAACUAAGAGCUGUGUCGAAGAACAAGUUCAUUUUCUAUAUAAUUAAACUAGAAUCUCGUCCUCCACUCAGAUGAGUGCAGGGUCACUUCCUGUUUG